AUGGAUCACAUAAAGAGUCCUUUCAAAGGAAUUGCAAAUGAUGUUAAAGGGAGGUUAAAAUGCUACAAGAAGGAUUGGCUCGAUACGUGUGGUUCUGGUGCAAGGAUUUUAGCUCCAACAGCAUACAUUUUCUUUGCUUCGACUCUUCCUGUAAUUGCCUUUGGGGAGCAAUUAAGUCGAGAAACAGAUGGGAGGCUUAGCCCGGCCGAGACACUUGUUUCGACAGCUAUAUGUGGGAUAAUCCAUUCGAUUUUCGGAGGACAGCCAUUGUUGAUCCUAGGAGUUGCAGAGCCCACCAUUAUAAUGUACACUUACUUGUACAAUUUUGCCAAGAGAAGUGUAGGAACCGAGCUAUAUUUAGCCUGGGCUGCAUGGGUCUGUGUUUGGACUGCUUUGCUGCUCUUUCUUCUCGCCAUAUUUAAUGCUUGUACCAUCAUCACUCGAUUUACGAGGGUUGCUGGGGAGCUAUUCGGCAUGUUGAUCUCAGUUCUUUUCAUUCAAGAAGCCAUCAAGGGUGUGGUGAGUGAAUUCGAAAUUCCAAAAGGUGAAAAUGCAUCAGAAGAGCAAUACAAUUUCUCGUGGCUUUAUACGAAUGGAUUACUCUCAGUUAUAUUCUCGUUUGGCGUGCUUAUAACUUCCCAAAAGAGCAGAGGAGCUCGGUCCUGGCGGUACGGUACAGGCUUUUUUCGGAGUUUUAUAGCCGAUUAUGGGGUCCCAUUGAUGAUUGUAAUUUGGACUGUAUUAUCUUAUGGUGUACCGGGAAAAGUUCCUUCUGGCGUCCCGAGGAGAUUGUUCGGUUCACUCCCUUGGGAAGCUAAAUCAUUGUACCAUUGGACUGUUAUCAAAACUCUACUUUGUGGAUUACUCGGAAUUCCACCUUCAAACGGCGUGCUUCCACAGUCUCCUAUGCAUACGAGGAGUCUUGCAGUACUUAAGAGACAGUUGAUUCGGAGGAAAAUGGUGAAACGUGCAAAGGAAGGCAUGAAACAACAAGCGAGCCACUCGGAAAUAUACGGAAGAAUGCAUGCCGUUUUUGUCGAGAUGGAAAAUGCUCCUUCGCACACGGUCGAGAAAGAACUGGCGAAUUUGAAGGAGGCUGUCCUGAAGCACGAUUCGUUGGUCAAUGGAGAAGCAAAUGACCGAUUUGACCCUGAAAAGUGCAUCGACUUGCACUUGCCCGUCCGAGUCAACGAGCAAAGAGUAAGCAACUUCUUGCAAUCCGUGCUCGUUGGCCUCGCCGUUUGUGCUAUGCCCAUAAUCAAAAUGAUUCCCACAUCAGUUUUGUGGGGUUAUUUUGCUUACAUGGCCAUCGAUAGCCUCCCGGGCAACCAGUUCUGGGAGAGGCUGCUUCUCAUGUUUGUACCUCAACGCCGUCGAUUUAAAGUUAUCGAGGAGUUUCACGCUUCGUAUGUGGAAUCGGUACCGUUUAAGUACAUACGAAGAUUCACGAUUUUCCAGCUGGUUUAUUUCUCGAUUUGCUUCGGGAUUACGUGGAUACCGAUAGCCGGCAUUUUGUUCCCAUUGCCUUUUUUUCUCUUGAUAACGAUAAGAGAGCACGUUUUGCCGAAGUUUUUUCCACCUCACCAUCUUCAAGAGCUCGAUGCUGCCGAGUAUGAAGAGAUCGUGGGGCACCCGAUCAGAGCUCGGAGUCCUACUCAUCGUGAUGGAGAAUUAACAGGUGAUGGUGAUGAUGGUGAGGAGGAUUCUCCCGAUUUCUCGUCUGCUGAGAUAUUAGAUGAAAUGACGACUCGUAGAGGUGAACUCAAGCACAGGUCCAUGAGCUUUAACGAGCGGCAAUUUCAGGUUCGAUUAAGCCAAAAAAAACAGUACUCCCAACAGAAUCUAACGAGGUGUGAUGGAAUGUUCAUAGUAAAAACGAGUCAGCUCCCCAAACCCGUUUGUCGAGAAGUAGCAUAUGUCGCUUACUCGGGAGUUCAUCGUUUGCAAAGAAAGAAAGGUGGCAUCGAGAGACCAUUUGAUGUCGAAGAUUAG